AUGGCUUGUAGUGAUAAAUUGAAUGACUGCGAACAACCUGGAGAUACUAUUUUCAAUAUCCUUUUUGAAGCGGGCAGCGAUCCUAAUUCUAAGGACGAAAAUGGCGAUACCCCUCUGCAUAUGGCUGCACGGAGUUCAUUUUCAGUUGGACUUCGUAUCCUCAGACGAGAUGGCCGGGCGGACUUUAUGGCGAAAAUUAACCGUGGCAAUCUCCCCCUCUAUGAAGGGAUUGGUAUGAUAAAUACUUCAAGUGACGAAAGCAUGGUGGAGCUACGAAGAGCCUACACUGAUUGCAACUUGGUGAACAGUGAUGGUAAAACCAUCUGGGAUUUGAUUCAGAAAAAUCUUGACUUCGACGACAUGGAGUAUUUCACCGAAGCUUUCUCUCGUGUGCUGCUUGAAGAUGAAGAGUCCGAGAGCGAGUCUGGAUUUUGA